AUGGAACAAUUUUUGGAUAAUCAUAUGAACGAUGGUGAUCCGGAGCAGAUGACAGCGUUUAUUUCACCAUACAGUGAUGGGGGAGAGGCUAAAAGAACUCAAAUGACGAUUGAGGGGAAAAUUCUUCAAGGAAUUAUCCUAGAGAAUGUGAUGGUAAGAUUCGGUGAUCGAGGAGGAGUGAGAGCAAGCGAUUGUAGGGUUGUCCAUUCAUUGUUGUACGGGACCCCUACCUUGUCAUGGAGACAUAUCGUCAUGAUGAAUACAUGGAUCACCCGGGAGGUAUCUCAAAGGCGUUUUAUUCCAUAUGCACGCCUCAUCAAUGCUAGGAUUGUCCAACAGAAUUGUUUGCCUCCGGAAUCACUUUGGGUAUCCAAACCUCUCGAAGAAUUCAAUAGAGCAUCAAUGAGAAAAAAAUGGAAAAUAGAUGUGAAUCUGUCGGGAAACAAAUAUGUGGUGACUGACAAACUGGGUCACAAGUAUGAAUUUGUUAAUCCAGAUGCACAACAAGGAGCUGGGGGAGAUGAGGAGAUGAUUGAUGAAGAAGACGAGAAUGAGCCUUCUGGUCCACGGGGACCACAACAGAGGUACAUGAGGCCACACAGGGAGAUUAAUGCAGAUAUGGCAGGUUUUGUGAAACAAAGACAAGGGCCGUCGUUCAGAAAUUAUAACCGCGGGCAACAAGCGUGUUAUGAUAACAUCUCGGCAUGUAUAGGCGAGGGCAGGGAAUAUAACAGGAGGAGAGAGAAUUGGGAAGAGAUGCACGGGACCUACUCGCAAGAACAGUGGGCCUCCCAAGCAGCUUAUCGUGAGAGAAUGGAGAAAUAUAUGAAAGAGCAACAAUUGCAACAAGCUCUUCAAAGAUCUCACAUGGAACGUUUGAUACAAUUGCAAGAAGAAGAUAUGGCCCAAAGACGGGCAUGGCAAGAAAGGGAGGAAAAAGCGCGGAACGAGCGAAACACAUUGGAAGAUAACCGAUGGAGUGCCUUAUAUGUCUCACAGGAAACGGCUAUUAAUAAUGCCAAAAUUCUCCACGAUCAGGAGAGAUAUCGAAGAGACUAUAAGGCCGGCCUUCCUUAUGUCGAGCACUCGGGGUGGACCGACUACCCCAAUCUCCCCGUUCCACGAGGCCCAUCUGACCCAUCUCCUCACUGGCCCGAGGCCGUAGGCUCCAGCUUCAUUCCGAUACCUUAUCAGCCACCACCUCAAGGAGAGCCGAGCCCACUUGAUAACUACAGGGAGAUGUUUGAAGCCCUCACUGGUUAUCCAUACAAGCCAAACCCGCCAGUUGAUCCCAACGAGAGAUAUCAGCGGUGA